CCAGCCUUUCACAUAUACCCCCGUAUUCUGAACGGAACCUUGGAGUCAGAGCACAAUGGACAACGGCUUUGACGACCUGCUCGCACCCUCACGAGACGUCAUGGAUAACCCCUUCGGCGACCCCUUCGCACAAGGCAGGUCGAGCUCGCCGGACCCUUGGGCGAGCUUUGGGACCGCCGCUGCAGUGCCCUCUUUCAACGAGGAGUCUCUCGCGUUUGGAGGGAACAGCAUCUCGCCCACGACGCUCACGCACAACGCGUUCGCCGAUGUCGGGGGAUUCCAGGACCACGAGCCGCAGGACUACCAGAGCCAUGAUUACGGGUCAGAGGAACCACCCCAUACGCAGGUCGACGAAAACAAGCCUCAUGAAGAGGAGGCGCCGGCCAGCCCUGCAGACCCUCUGGACACUGCAGCCUUCAACGCCGCAGAGGCAGUAGCGGAGGCGGAGGAGGCGGCGGCAGCAGCCGCGUCCACAGGGCUCCCCACAGGCCUGCCGACCUACCAGUCGCGCGGCUUCCGCGAGAGCAUCUCCACCGAGACCGACGAGCCCGUCAAGCUCGCAGAGCCCGAGCCCAGGCGAUCACCUACGCCCCCUGCCGAGCAGCGGCAGCCCCCCUUACCGAAACCCUCCUCCCCGCCCCCGCCCCCCGAGCGUCGCACGGACGUACCGGCACCGAGUCGCACGCUUGGGCACGGCUCGCGCGCCUCCACCGCGUCCUUCUCGUCCUCGCAUAAGGUGGAGCCGGCGUCGUUCAAUCCGCUCGACCAGCCGGCGUCCUCGCUCAACCGCUCCAUCGCGGGGCUCUCGAUUGGCGGCGAGGCGCUGGGCGGGUGGCAGAGUCCGGGCGGCGGAUGGCAGACGCAGACGUCGUAUAGCGUGCCGGGGCCUGCGGUGUCGGCAGCGCAGAACCAGAACGUAUCGGACGACGACGACGACGAUGACCGGCCUAUUGCGGAGACUAUGGCUGCGAGGGCUGCGAGGUCGGCUUCGCCUUCGACGUCGGUAUCGACGCCUGCCCCUGCAAAGAGGGAGAACGGCAUUCAGCCUGUGUUCGUGAUCACCGUCGACGACCCUCAGAGGGUAGGGGACCCUAUCCGCGCAUAUACCAUGUACACCGUCCAUACCAAGACAACGUCGCCCAUGUACAAAAAGUCCAGCUUCUCGGUGCUGCGGCGGUACUCCGACUUCCUCUGGCUGUACGAGACGCUGUCAUUGAACAAUCCUGGGGUGGUCGUCCCCCCAGUCCCAGACAAGAACCCCUUCGCUCGCUUUGACGAAGACUUUGUGCAGCAGCGACGGCUCGCCCUCGAGAAGUGCAUCCAGAAGAUAGCCAACCACCCUGUGCUCCAGAAGGACCACGACUUGAAGCUUUUCCUGGAGAGCGACACAUUUGCACUUGACAUCAAACAUCGAAAAGCUGAGCUAGCCCAGGAGAAGGGCGGCCUCAUGGCUGCUCUCGGCCAAACUAUCGCUGGCCCCCGCUUUUACGAGACAGACGAGUGGUUCGACAGGCAGAAGGCGUACCUAGACAGCCUAGAGACUCAGCUGCGCGGGCUCGUCAAAGCGAUUGACGCGGUGGCGAAGCAACGGGCUGAGGUGUCUGCUGCCGCUGCCGAGUUCGCCCAAGCUAUCGCUGACCUUGCAGCGUGUGAUGUUGGCAGCCAACUGGCAGUAACACUAUCUGGUCUCGCAGACGUUGAAAGGAAGGCCCAGGAGCUGCAGAACAUCCAAGCAAGCGAAGACGUCAUGACUGUUUUGGCUACAGCGGACGAAUAUGCACGCUUAAUCAACUCUGUUCGGCUCGCCUUCAGCUCCCGCGUUCGUAUAUAUCACGCUUGGCAAAGUGCAGACGCGCAUCUCCGACGCACGAAGCAAACACACGAGUCGAAUCGCGCGCAAGGGCGCCUUGGGCCAGACCAGCUCAGCCGCUCGCUCGCCAUUGUCGGGGAAGCCGAGCGGCGUGCGUUGGACGCGAAGCAGGAAUUUGACCAUGUCUCGCGCCUCGUGAAAUCCGAGGUGGCGCGCUUCGAGCAGGAACGUAUAGAGGACUUCAAGAACGCCCUGGAGGCGUUCCUUGAAGGAAUGAUCAAGCGGCAGAAACAGCUGAUCGCGUCAUGGGAGAGCUACCAGCAGUCUCUACUGAAGCGCUUCGCGCCGCAAAGCCAGCAGCGCCCCCCGGACUCCCCGGUUUCUGUGUCAGCUUCAUGAGGAAUGGAUCAUUGUUCAUGUUUGGUUCUCUGCUGUCGUAGCAUUCAA